AUGAGUGAUCCCUCCACACCGCAAAAAACUCCAGUUGCGUUCGAAGUCGAUAUCAAAGAAAACCCGGAUGCCACGCCGCCAGAACACAUUGUUAAACGUUUUGAGGUUGGAGAGAAAAGUCUCACCCAAGAGGAAAUAGAAGCAAAGCUUCACGCAGCCGAAGAAAGAAAAAAGCAAAGUGAAGCUGAGCGAAUCUCCAAAGCUGCGGCUGAUGUUGCUCAUGUCAAAGCCGUCUCUGAACAACAACGUCGUAUAUCUGAAGAACACAAAGCCGAAACAUUAGAGAAAAUACAAGAAAGAUUAGAUAAGGCCGAGAAAAGAAGACAGCAACAGGAGGCUGAAAAAAUCGAGACCGAGAAGAAAAGACACACGACAGAGCAAGAGCCAAAAGUAUCUGCUGAGGGGAUUCAAGCAAAACUCGAUGCCGCCGAAGAAAAACGAAAGCAACUAGAGCAAGAAAGAGUUCAAAAAGCGGCACAUGAAGUAGCCCACGCGAAACAAGUUGCCGAAGAACAACGUCAUGCAACGGAAGCUGCAUUAAAAGAACAAGCGGAAAAGCUUCGUGAAAAACAAGAAAAAGCAGAAAAAAAUCGUCAAGGAGAAAAGAAAGCAAAUACAGAAUAA